AUGGAAUGCAAUGUGAUGUCUCUUGAUUUUCUCACUUUCUUCGUGAUUGUCAUUGUUUAUUUUGCUGAAGCUUAUGAAUUGACACCGAAAAGUGAUUCAUCCACGAUUAAGCAUUCAAAACUCAUUAAAAGCAAAAACAUUGACUUAACUUUGAAUUGCUCCAUUCUUGAGAUGCAUGAAGCUUUCAACACAAAUUCACUUGUCACGUGGUGGUUCAAAAGAUCUUGCAAAGGUUCAUGUUGGAAUCAACCGGAUGAAAAUGAAUGGACGGAAAUUGACUGCGAUGGACAAUGUAAAAUAUUUCUCACUUUAAAUGAUGAUAAAGCAUCAAAUGGCUUUUACUUGUGUCGCUUAUUUCCUUAUCGAGUUGACGAAGAAACAAUUUUGCAAAUUGAAUUCACAAAAACUUUUCAUGUAGAAAUUUUCGAUCCGUUGUCGUCAUUGCCACCCCCAGAGAUAUUGAACGACACUUUAAAUGAUGCAACAAAUCAUGUCAGUAAUAAAACGCCAUUAAAUAAAUCGCAAUUGAUUCUUCAGUGUUCAGUAAAGAGUCAGCAAAAACCAACCAUCAAGUGGUUUAAGAAGAAAAAUGAAGAAGAAGUGAACAGUGAAGAAAACUCUUUCGAAUCGUAUAAAUCUUUCAUUGAGAGUACGCGUUCGAUAAAAUAUUUUGAAAACUUCUACGAGCCGAUUAUUGGACUACAAGGAGGCCUUAAAGAACUCACCGAUAAUUUGUACUUAAGUAAACUGAUUGUGAAUAAUAUAACAAGAAACUCGAUUUAUGUUUGUGUAGCAAUAAAUUAUUCUGGCUUUACCUUUCGCGAAUUCAACGUUAAUCAGCAUGUGAGUGAAGAUGAAGGGAUUAUCGUCAACGAGUCGAUUAUGGAAUUUCCAGAAAAAAAUUAUGAAAUCUUAUUUCUAAUUCCUGUAGUUCUACUAAUGCCGAUAUCUGUAUUGAUGUGCACGAUUUUGUAUUUAUUGAUCAGUAGACAGAUAUUGAAGCGAAAUAAAAUCAUAAUUAUUGAAGCUGUUUAA